GGCUUCAGUAAUGCCCAGAACCACAGAGCCUCUGCACCAUUUAAACACACUCAACUUUUUCAUGCUUAAAGCAACAUGGUCAGCCGCAUUGAGCAUCCUGCUGGUGGCUAUAAGAAGAUCUUUGAGUCGUGUGAAGAGUUAGCUGAGCCCAUCCCUGCCCAUGUUACUGGUGUUAUUCCAGCAUGGCUGAAUGGUAGUCUGCUUCGUCUGGGACCCGGGCUCUUUGAGAUUGGAGAUGAACCUUUUAACCAUCUUUUUGAUGGCCAGGCACUCAUGCACAAGUUCGACCUGAAGAAUGGGAAAGUCACUUAUUAUCGCAGGUUCCUCAGAACAGAUGCUUAUGUACGAGCUAUGACAGAGAAAAGGAUUGUGAUCACUGAAUUUGGCACUGCAGCCUACCCAGAUCCCUGCAAAAACAUCUUCUCCAGGUUUUUCACUUACUUCCAAGGCAUUGAAGUAACAGACAACUGCCUAGUCAAUGUGUACCCUAUUGGUGAGGAUUUCUAUGCCUGCACAGAAACCAACUUUAUUACUAAAGUCAAUCCAGACACUCUGGAAACAAUUAAAAAGGUAGACUUGUGCAAUUAUCUCUCAAUCAAUGGUGUGACUGCACACCCACACAUCGAACAAGAUGGCACUCUGUACAACAUUGGAAACUGCUUUGGAAAGAAUAUGUCACUGGCCUACAACAUUGUCAAAAUCCCUCCAGCACAGAAAGACAAAUCUGAUCCCAUUGAGAAGUCCAAAGUUGUGGUGCAGUUUCCCAGCAGUGAGAGAUUCAAGCCAUCUUAUGUUCACAGCUUUGGUAUGACAGAGAAAUACUUUGUGUUUGUCGAGACCCCAAUAAAGAUUAACCUCUUGAAAUUCCUGAGUUCGUGGAGCAUCACAGGGACAAAUUACAUGGACUGCUUUGAGACAAAUGACAAGAUGGGAACAUGGUUUCACUUGGCCACCAAACAUCCUGGAGAAUAUAUUGACUACAAAUUCAGGACAUCUACCUUCAAUGUCUUUCAUCACAUAAACUGCUAUGAAGACCAGGGUUUCAUAGUGGUGGACCUGUGCACCUGGAAAGGGUAUGAAUUUGUGUAUAACUACUUGUACCUGGCGAACCUGAAGCAGAACUGGGAAGAGGUGAAGAAAGCUGCCAUGAGAGCACCACAGCCAGAAGUACGAAGAUAUGUGCUUCCUCUGGAUAUCUACAGGGAAGAGCCAGGAAAGAACUUGAUCUCGCUGCCAUACACCACAGCCACUGCUGUCAUGCGCAGUGAUGGGACUAUUUGGCUUGAACCUGAGGUUUUAUUCUCAGGACCACAGCAAGCUUUUGAGUUUCCUCAGAUCAACUACAGUAAACACAGUGGGAAAGAUUACACGUUUGCUUACGGACUUGGACUAAACCACUUCAUUCCUGAUCGGAUUUGUAAGCUGAAUGUGAAGAGCAAGGAAACCUGGGUUUGGCAGGAACCAGACUCAUACCCAUCUGAGCCUCUGUUUGUGCAAAAUCCAGACGCUCAAAAUGAGGAUGAUGGUGUUCUCCUGACCACUGUGGUAAAUCCAGGGGCUUCCCAGCAUCCGGCCUAUCUCCUAAUACUCAACGCCAGAGAUCUUACUGAAAUAGCACGUGCUGAGGUUGACGUUAUCAUUCCAGUCACUUUGCAUGGCAUGUACAAAGCAUAGAUAGCCAGGGACAACAGGUAACAAUGUUCAUAAUGGUCCCAGAUGUUCAGUUUGAUAUGCUAAAUAAGAUGGUUGAAUGGCUGGGAGAGUCAGUAGCCCAGCCAUAGAAAUCUCAUUUUCUAUGGCUGGGCUACUGACUCUCCCAACCAUUCAAGUGCACUGCCUUGGACAGGAAACCAGACAAGCCAAUGCUUUCUAAUGACUCUGCAGAACCACUUACAUGAGGAAGCCGUGCUAGCACAGGUAUAGCCAGCUUAACUAUAUGAGACCUCCAUUCGACAACGUGUUAACCACAGGCUUACUAGCUUGAUAAACUAAAUAAUGAAAAUAUACUGGAAAGUUUGUCUUGUUUUACCAAUUAUACAUGUAAAUGUCAGAUUUUGUUGUAAGCUAAAAAACCUAGUAUAGAAUUUCCUGUUAUGUACACAUAAAGUAUUGAAGACAUCUAUGCAUUCACAAAUGUAUUUGUGUUUUUACAGGCACAAAUGUGAAUGCAAGCACUGCCGUUGAUUUAGUUUCUUACUGAGCAAAACACUAGUAAAUUACUAGUAAGCAAAUUACUAGUACUUUUUAAAAUAUACUAGCUUGACCCUGUAGAGGUCUAUCUAUUGGGAUCCUAUAACUUGUGUAUUCAAUUGUGACUUGUGAUCAGCACAUUUUGUGAAUAGUUCUGGUUCACAUUAUUAAAAAAACAUUUUCCUGUUCAUGUAA